AUGCAAUCAUCUUCUCGUCUCCAGCGGAAGUACGACUUGCAUUACAAGAUCGCCCUGAUCAUCAACUACCUGGGACACUGCAUCUCCGUCCUGGCGCUGGUCAUUGCCUUUCUGCUCUUUUUGUGUUUAAGGAGUAUAAGAUGUCUUCGGAAUAUCAUUCACUGGAAUUUAAUCACAACCUUCAUCUUACGAAACAUCAUGUGGUUCCUGCUUCAAAUGAUCGACCAUAACAUCCACGAGCAGAACGAGAUUUGGUGUCGAUGCAUCACAACUAUCUACAACUACUUUGUGGUAACCAACUUCUUCUGGAUGUUCGUCGAAGGCUGCUACCUCCAUACGGCCAUAGUGAUGACUUAUUCUACCGACAAACUGCGCAAGUGGGUCUUCCUUUUUAUAGGAUGGUGUAUUCCAUGUCCAAUAAUCAUAGCUUGGGCCAUAGGGAAGCUCUGCAAUGAAAACGAACAAUGCUGGAUUGGAAAAGGGCCCGGAAAAUACAUUGAUUAUAUCUACCAAGGACCUGUCAUCCUCGUCCUCCUUAUCAACUUUGUAUUUUUAUUCAACAUUGUGCGGAUACUAAUGACGAAAUUAAGAGCUUCAACGACAUCAGAGACCAUACAGUAUAGGAAAGCUGUGAAGGCCACUCUGGUCUUACUCCCUCUCCUGGGAAUUACAUACAUGCUGUUCUUCAUGAACCCCGGGGAAGACAACGUCUCUCAGAUAGUGUUCAUUUAUUUUAAUUCCUUCCUUCAGUCUUUUCAGGGUUUCUUUGUAUCGGUGUUUUACUGCUUCUUGAACGGAGAGGUUCGAUCAGCCGCAAGAAAGAGGUGGCACCGUUGGCAGGACCACCAUUCCCUCCGUGUCCGGGUUGCCCGAGCCAUGUCCAUACCGACCUCGCCUACCAGGAUCAGCUUUCACAGCAUAAAGCAGACAGCAGCCAUCUGAGCACAGGAACGCAGCGGCCUCCAGAAAUGUUGUAUCUUUUUGUUUCCUGGUUUCCCCUUUUUCUUGUCGGAUGGCGGAAUUCACCUUUAAUGGACUUCAGUGGCCACAACAUGGGGGAAAGUCACAGAACAAAGGACAUAAACCCGAGUGUAGAUGGUGUUGUAAACGCUAUAGAAUGCACAAGCGCUGAGGUUCCGGCGUGGAACUGUUUUUAUGUAAAUCCCAGGAGUAAACCAAAUGCUUUGACCGAAUUCUCUUUUUGGUCCAUUUCAUGGGCCGAGGACUGUAGAGUGUGGCAGAUAACUGGAUAUUCAAGGAAAGUGGUGACAAAUCAGUUGCCAUCAAGAGUCGGGAUUGUUGAUUGUUUUCUUUGUAUAUUUGUAUUUUGCAAAAAAACUAAAAAACUAAUCUUUUCAAUGUUCUUACCAAAGAUCAUUGAGAUAGGAUCAGAAAUUAAGGAGCUUUCAGUCGUCCUCAUCGCAAAAUUGUUAAACAUUCUAUUCUUAAGUUUUUUCCAGUUUUGUCAAUUUUUGGGGCAAUUGGGUAACAACCAGUAUGGCCACCAGAGGCCAAAGGUGUUGUCACAUAGCUUUCUUUAGACUCCUGAAUGGCAAAAAUAUUCACUAAUCUACAGGGUCCUAUUAUAGGGAAAGCAAAAGGGGCAAUUUCCUUGGAGUCUCCUCCAACUUGGACCUUCAGAGAGCCUCCACCAUUCUGAUACCCUCAGAGCCUCCACCAUGUUAGACCCUCAGAGAACCUUCACUAUCUUAGACACUCAGAGAGUCUCCACCAUGUUAGACCCUCAGAGAACCUCCACCAUUUUAGACCCUAAGAAAACCUCCAUCAUGUUAGACCUUCACACAGCCUUCACCAUCUUGAAAACUCAUGAUGAACACAAUUAUCCGGUCAGGGAUUGUCCUGAGUGUGGCCCAUUCACAAAAACUAGAGCCACGAUAACCCCACUUUGGUAAAUUUGAGGAGCACAUGGGUGUAGCUGUAGUAGUUGCACCAAGGGGCUCCAGGUCAGUAAGUGGGUGGGUAAAGAUUUUGCAUUGGACCAGUGUUUAAGUGGGAUCCUUAUAAACUUUGGAGCAGUGGCCAAAAUGGUCAGAUUUGACCCUUCGCAUAUGUAGCCUUCAUCCUACAUUCUCAUCUCUGCAUUGCUAGAGGAUUUAACAGGAAAAGUUGGGCGACAACCUCUAUGGUAGUUUUGAUGGUGGCUGUCUUGCUAAGCUGUAGCAGAGUAGAUUUUCAACUCUUUGCCGUAAGAAGACUAUGAACAAGUCAUUGUUUUAGGGGAAAUGGUCUUUAAUAAUAAGGGGAUUGUUUGUUCUUGUUUCUUUUAUCUACCAUAGCAUGAGAAUCAAUCAUCCACUAUAGCUGCCUUUAAUUUCUUAAAGGAUCCAACAUAUUGCUAUUUCUAUGUCAAGGUUGUCUCAUCUGGCCCCUCGUGGGCGGGAUAUAGCCAAACCCCCAAGUAAAUGUUUUAUGUGCCAUUUUCAACUUUAUAGUUCCCUUGGACAUGUGAUCACUUAGCCAAUCACUGGUUGAGGUGAGUCACCACUGCAUCCACUGAUUGGCUAAGCAUUCACAUUUCCUGUGUCUAGCAGCACUAGAAAUUAGAAACUGCUGAGGCACAGAGGAAGUUUUGAAACUGCAGCGGCGGGGGAUUAUUCAGGUGAGUAUAUAUUUUAAGUCAUUCUGACCAUUUUUCCUUUUUUUCCAGCCAACAACCCUUUUAAAUAAUGUAGAGUAGAAAGAUAGAUCAUUCUCAAUAUAGAGCCUAACUCUUCUUGAAGCUCCUUGGAAGUGUAUUCUGCAGGUUAUGUAAGAUCAGGUUACCAAGCAAGCACUUGACUUCAUGUCUCAAUGACGAUCUUCGCGGAACAGGUAGCUAUACGUUCAUAGGAUAUUCUCUCUGCAAUACAUGAGACAAACUGGCCAAGAAGGAAGGUAACUUAAGGUAAAAAAAAAUAUUCAUGAUAAGGACAAAAGGUGCCAAACAGAAGAGAAAACUGAUGUGCUAGUGGAGACACUGGGGGAGACACUGAUUCUGGCUUUCAAGUAAAAAUUUAAAAAAGUUUAGCUUUUAUUGAAUACCCAGUAGAGUAGAAUGACCUUAUGCUGAUAUCUCAGGUGUAGUUGGUCAACGUGGCAACAGACAUGAAGGCAGUUCUACCAUUGUGUUCCUAAAUGUGAAGUGGGAAAGGAAAUAAUGCCUGGAUAUCUAGGUUGACCAGUUGCCUGGAUAUCUAGGUUGACCAGUUUGAAAUUUUAUAGAGCUACCUUAUAGAUCCAGUUCUGAGGGCCUUUGAACUGGGUUUCGAUGAGUAGACAAGCACAAUGAUAGAGUAGUCACGGCUAGAUUAAAGCCAAGAAACCAUGAGCAAGCUCUCUAGGGUCUCCACCACCUUGAGGACCAAGGAGACCUCAACUACCCAUCCAACCUGAUGGGCGUUCAGUGAUGCAAUCCACCUGAUAAGAGGUGGACACGUGUUUGGCCCUCACGUUUAAAGGCAUUGGCUUAGCUGUCUACCUUAAUAGAUUUCGCUUGAGAGGGUCAUGUGCAUGUGGCAUCAAUAAGGGAUCAAGUGACUUCCAAUCUGCCCUUGUGAGUUGUCGUCUUUUGACCAACAUAUCCAAAAAAGUUGCAAACAAUUGUGAUCAUGACUGGACUAUUUUUGAGCAUGAGGGUUGUUUGGGGGCCACAAACUCUGUGAUAUCAGACCAACAAUCUGGUAUCAUGACACUAAGCCCCAAGUAAAACAGAGGCAUUAAAGUGCCUUCUACUAGCUGAGUUACAAUCAUGGGAAUACAUAUCAUAGAGGUAGCCCUUGUGGGCAUUAUGUGGUCUGUUAAUAGGAGGGUCCCAGGUCAGGUUGACCUCAUAAUCUGAGCAAAAGUUCUGUGUGAACUGUACAAACAUUACAUAAUUUUUAAUAAAUGAGAGAGGAACCAACCUGAGGGUUAUGGUCCCUAUUCUUCUACAAUCAAUGGGAAUAAAGCAGGGCAAGUGCUGGCCUAUCUUAACCAAGAUUGGGGGUUGUGAGGUGGAAAUCUGCCACCUUUGCCUUAUUGAUCUUUAAGACAAGAACUAAAUUUCAAAUUUUUGUACCUAGAACUUUCAA